AUGAACCUGCACCCCCCAGACUCAUCGAAGGAGGUGUCAUGGGGCCCCGAAGACGAAAGAUUCCACGAGUGGAAACGGCCCAUCCCUACAGUCACCGACGACGGGCAGCCGAACGAUACCAUCUGGGAAUGCCCCGAGCAGCGCGAGCUCGACUAUGAAGCCGACUGGUAUCGCCUGGCCAGCGCCCCCGAGUUCCUCGUCUGCACCCGGUGCCGCGAGAUGUACCUCUCCGGGACGUCUCUUGUGGCGUCCCUGGAGCGCGUCCGACUGGCGACGGGGCGCUGCCGCUUCAACGUGCCUCGGAUCACAAGGCUCUUGCUCCCCGAGUACCUGAAGCAUAGCGACGAGGGACCCAUCCGGGAGUUCAUGUCGUCUCGUCCAAGUGUUCCUGACUGCAAGGGCCAGAAAGGCGCCAAAGGCGGCGAGGGCAUCAAAUGGUUCAAGCCGCUCGACAGCCGACUCGAAGGGGUUGUUUCGUGCGAGGCCUGCUUCGAGGACGUCGUCCUGUCAUCGUCUUUCCGGCAACACUUCGUCGCCUACGACACACCUCAGCCGGCCGAUGCCACAUGGACAUGUGACGUCUCUCUGCCUUUCAUCGGCCGGUCCCUCGUCAAGUACUCCAAGAAACCAGUCGACGCCUGGGAAGAGUGGGUACAGGCGGCAGUGAAGCACAUGAACCUCCCUCAGUGCGAGAAGAAGUCGGUAUCGUCCUCCUCAAGGCGGUGGAUGGAACUGCGCGGGCAGAGAUUCCCGUCCUUGAAGAUCUGCGAGAGAUGCUACGAGGACACCAUCGCCCUCACCACCUUGGAUGAGCACUUUGAGAUGGUCCCCCAGGAGCCCAGCGCCACGGGGCUCGACUGGAUGGACGUGGCCCUCGGAUACCGGACGGAGGAGCCUGCACACUGGUUCUGCAGCGCGGCGGAGAUGCCGGUAUACGUCUCGAUCGCGGCGGCCAAAACCCAGAAGGACAUCGGAGUGUUCUACAAGGCGCUGGAGGUCAUCGUCUCAAGCUCACCGUGCACCGAGAAGGGCAUCGUCGGCGGCACCUGGUACACCCUGAGGGGCGGAGGCUGCGAUAGCUACAUCCUCUGUGCCGCUUGCCACGCAGCCUACGUGGAAACGUGGCAGCUGGACCGCCUCUACCAGCGUGUCGAGGGACAGGACGGCUCGCUGGCCCUUCUCUGCAGCUUCCAGCGGUCGGCGCCCCGGUGGCUCCAGCACAUGUACCGGAUGCAGGAGGGCAUCGAGACGGGCGUCUGGUCCCGGUACGCGGGCUUCGUCCGCAAGUUCGACGGGGUGCCGGACUGCGCGAGGGAGGAGCAGGUCCCGAACCGAAGGUGGUACGGCUGGGACGACUGCACCAUCUGCCCGGAGUGCUACGUGACGUUCUGCAAGGAGUCGUCGCCGCUCCCCGGGGUCGAGAUGGACUACGACAACCACCUCGUCGCCGACUUGCGGAUGUGCUGCAUGUACUCCCCGCGGAUGCGAGGCAAGUGGACGGAGGCGUGCGCCAAGGGCGACGCCGGCGGGCUGGUGGACUUCUCGAGGGCGCGGCACGGGGCGUACCAGCAGACGGUGCUGCAGGUCAAGAUGCUGCGGCAGAUGCAGGAGAUGCAGAUGAUGAACGCGAUGCACGCGGGCUUCAUGAGCGUGACGUACCAGGGGAUCGAGGGCCUCCGGGUCGUGUCCGGCACGACGGACGGGUACGAGCACGGCGGCGGCGCGCUCGGGUGGCACGCGACGGCCGAGGGGGCGACGAGCGCCGCGUUCCGGAACCAGAUGCAGGCGGGCAUGAGCCAGGCCAACAGCGCCGGCACGUGGGUGAUGAUGGCGCAGCUGAUGGAGAAGUGGCGCGAGUUCGAGUGA